AUCAUAUUUCACAAGAUGCGUUAUUUUUUCCGAACAAAUCCACCGUCCAUACAUGCCUUAUUGCCUUUUGCACAUUCAAGACCGCUCUAGUCCCUGCUCUACAGCUCUAGUCGAUUACAGAAAUUUGGACAAAGCAGAAGGUUCAGGUCGUAAGAUCGCCUAGUCCCUGCUCUUCCUGGUCAGUGGCCGUUACCACUGCCCCCUCUCCUCUCCUCUCGCUCGUGCAGAGGAGGAGACAGACUCCCCCCGUCGCCGCCCUCGCGCCUCCUCCGCCCGCAGCUCAAGCCGAGCGUCACCCCGUCGGCUACCUUCCAUUCUCGCCGCACUUCUCCCACUGGGCACCUCGCGCCCUCGUGACGGUAUAAAUAGCCCCUAGUCACUCCUCGGCGCUCCUCAAACCCACCAAACCCUAGCCCACUUAGCGGCGGCGGCGCUAGAGGUGGAACGAGACCUUGGCGGAGGUAGCGAGGGUAGCGCUGCUCGCUCGCUCGUUGGGUUUCCAUCCCCUACUGCCUAGAGCGAGCUCUACGCGACGAUGAGCAGCCUUGUCGAGCGGCUGCGCGUGCGGUCGGAGAGGCGGCCGCGGUACGCGCUCGACGAGUCCGACGACGACCUCCCGCUGCGCGUUGGGGCCGGAAAGGGGAAGGAUCAACAGAACGACGCGCCCGCCGAGCGGAUCGAGCGCGAGGACGCGAAAGAAGAAGCUUGCCAGCGCUGUGGAAAAAGUGAUAAUCUAGUCUCUUGUUCAACAUGUACAUACAAAUUUCACAGAAAAUGCUUGGUUCCUUGCUUAAACAUCACAUCUGAUAAAUGGAGCUGCCCAGAAUGUGUAAGUCCAUUAACAGAGAUGGAGAGGAUUCUAGAUAUUGAAGUGCUGGAAGCACCUCGUGAAGAUUCUAGUUCCACAGAGCCUCGAUCAAAGAAGAUGGAGCGAUAUCUUAUCAAGUGGAAAGGAUUAUCAUACAUUCACUGCUCUUGGGUUUCAGAAAAAGAAUAUUCAGAAGCCGCGAAUAUACACCCUCGUCUGAGGACUAGGUUGAAUAACUUCAGAAGGCAAAAGGAAGCCAUGAAAAUAGAAGCAGAAAGAUCUGGUGAGGACAUCGUUGCAAUUAGACCGGAGUGGACAACUGUUGACAGGAUCCUUGCUAGCAGAAAAAACUUAGUUGGCGAUCGGGAAUACUAUGUUAAAUGGAAUGAACUUACAUAUGAGGAAUGUACAUGGGAAAAUGAGUCUGACAUCACGGUGUUCCAACCUGAGAUUGAACGCUUCAAUGAGAUCCAGUUCAGGCGUAAGAAAUCUGGUGACAAGGGCAAGGCCACUCGGGAGCCACGCCAAUUCAAGGAGAGCCCUACGUUUCUUUCUGGUGGCACACUACAUCCCUAUCAGCUUGAAGGGUUAAACUUUUUGCGAUAUUCGUGGUUUCAUAACAAACGCGUAAUCCUUGGUGAUGAGAUGGGUCUUGGGAAAACGAUACAAAGUAUUGCUUUUCUUGCCUCACUCUUUGAAGACAAGUUUGGUCCGCAUCUGGUCGUUGCUCCCCUCUCAACCCUGCGGAAUUGGGAGCGUGAAUUUGCAACUUGGGCACCUCAAAUGAAUGUUGUAAUGUAUUUUGGAGCUGCUGCUUCUCGUGACAUUAUUAGGAAGUACGAGUUUUACUACCCAAAAGAGAAACUGAAGAAGCUGAAGAAAAAGAAAUCUUCUCCAUCUAAUGAAGAUAAGAAGCAGUCAAGGAUAAGAUUUGAUGUCUUAUUGACGUCUUAUGAGAUGAUCAACAUGGACUCGUCUAUUCUAAAAAAUAUAGAAUGGGAGUGCUUGGUUGUGGAUGAGGGGCAUCGGUUGAAAAACAAAGAUUCCAAGUUGUUUGGUCAACUUAAAGAUUAUAAUACCAAACAUCGUGUUCUAUUAACGGGGACCCCAGUCCAGAAUAAUCUUGAUGAGCUUUUCAUGCUUAUGCACUUCCUUGAGGGUGAAAGUUUUGGGAGUAUAACUGAUCUCCAAGAAGAGUUCAAGGAUAUAAACCAAGACAAGCAAAUUGAGAAGCUUCAUGGAAUGCUGAAGCCACAUCUUCUUCGAAGAUUCAAGAAGGAUGUUAUGAAAGAACUUCCUCCAAAAAAGGAAUUGAUUCUACGAGUUGAAUUGACAAGAAAACAGAAGGAGUACUAUAAGGCAAUUCUCACCAAGAAUUAUGAAGUGUUAGCCCGUCGUAAUGGUGGACAUACAUCUCUAAUAAACGUUGUAAUGGAGUUGCGCAAACUCUGUUGCCAUGGAUUCAUGAUUGAUGAACCUGAUCUUGAACCUGCCAAUCCAGAAGAAGGUUUAAGGAGGCUUCUAGAUUCAUCAGGUAAGAUGCAGCUGCUGGACAAGAUGAUGGUGAAACUGAAAGAGCAGGGUCAUAGAGUUCUAAUUUAUUCACAGUUCCAGCACAUGUUGGACUUGCUGGAGGACUAUUUAAGUUACAGGAAAUGGACUUAUGAACGCAUCGAUGGCAAGAUAAGUGGCGCUGAUAGGCAGAUACGGAUAGAUCGCUUCAACGCUAAGAAUUCAACUAGGUUUUGCUUUCUUCUUUCUACUAGAGCUGGUGGUCUGGGAAUAAACUUGGCAACUGCAGAUACUGUAAUCAUCUAUGACAGUGAUUGGAACCCACAUGCGGAUUUGCAAGCUAUGGCAAGAGCUCAUCGCUUAGGACAGACUAGUAAGGUGAUGAUAUACAGGCUUGUUAGCCGAGGUACAAUUGAGGAGCGAAUGAUGCAGCUUACAAAAAAGAAGAUUUUAUUGGAGCACUUAGUUGUUGGUCGACUCACCAAAGCUAAUAAUGUCAAUCAGGAGGAGUUGGAUGAUAUUAUACGCUAUGGAUCAAAGGAGCUUUUUGAAGACGAGAAUGAUGAAUCUCGCCAAAUUCAUUAUGACGAAGCUGCAAUUGAGAGGUUGUUAGACCGUGAUCAAGUUGACGGUGAUGAAUCUGUGGAAGAUGAAGAAGAAGAUGGAUUCUUAAAAGGAUUCAAGGUUGCAAACUUUGAAUAUAUCGAUGAGGCAAAGGCUCAGGCAGAAAAAGAGGAGGCACGGAGAAAGGCUGCAGCUGAGGCUGAAAAUUCUGAAAGAAACUACUGGGAUGAACUAUUGAAGGAUAGAUAUGAUGUACAGAAAGUUGAAGAACAUACUGCUAUGGGAAAAGGGAAAAGAAGCCGCAAACAGAUGGCUGCCGCUGAUGAAGAUGACAUUCAUGAUUUAAGUUCCGAAGAUGAGGAUUACUCAUUGGAGGAUGACAUUUCAGAUAAUGACACAAGUUUGCAAGGAAAUAUUUCUGGGAAGAGGGGCCAAUAUUCUAAGAGAAAAUCACGUAAUGUUGAUUCUAUUCCAUUGAUGGAGGGCGAAGGACGUACCUUGAGAGUUCUUGGAUUCAACCAUGCUCAACGAGCAAUGUUCCUACAGACACUCAAUAGAUUCGGUUUUCAGAAUUAUGACUGGAAAGAGUAUCUUCCUCGUCUUAAAGGAAAAAGUGUCGAGGAAAUCCAGAGAUAUGCUGAACUUGUCAUGGCACAUCUUGUUGAAGAAAUUAAUGAUUCUGACUAUUUUUCAGAUGGCGUUCCAAAGGAAAUGAUGCGUGUUGAUGAUGUACUAGUCAGGAUAGCAAACAUAUCCCUUAUUGAGGAGAAGAUGGCUGCCACAGGACCAGGAAAAAUUACAAACAUUUUUCCUAAUUACUUGCUCUAUGAGUUCCAAGGCUUAUCUGGUGGAAGAAUAUGGAAAGCGGAGCAUGAUCUACUGUUACUGAGAGGCAUACUGAAGCAUGGAUAUGCAAGGUGGCAGUAUAUAUCAGAUGACAGAGAGAAUGGGCUUUUUGAGGCUGCACGACGAGAGCUUCAUCUCCCUUCGGUUAAUGAAAUAAUUGGUGCUCAGUUGAACGAGGCAAAUGGGAAUUUGGAAGGUGCACAGGAAGGCCAAGCGAACACAACAAGCAUGUCGCAUUACAAGGAGAUCCAGAGAAAGAUAGUUGAGUUCUUGAGAAAGAGAUAUCAUCUUAUGGAGAGAGCCUUGAAUAUGGAAUAUGCUGUGAUAAAGAAAAAAAUUCCUGUUCCUGAUGAUAUUACUGAACAAGGUGUUCCAGCAGGACAUGCUCCUUUUAUUCCAGAUAUCAGUGAACUGUUGCGGGAAUUGCCCAAUCUUGAGCCAAUUUCUACCAAUGAAUUGGUUUCUGAGGGCACAGCUGGUCAGUUACAAGUUCCCCAUCUCUACAAUAAGAUGUGUGGAGUGCUUGAAGAGAGUGGUGCUUAUGCGCUCAGUUCCUUCUUUGGAGACAAGUCCGCAUCUUCUAGUUUGGCCAAUAGCCUUCGACAGUUUGAAACUGUGUGCGAGAAUGUCGUCGAGGCCUUGCGACCACACCAAAAUGGUACUGGCAGUGCCAUCAAAGAGGAAUUGGUAGAUGCAGCCACCAAAGCAGCAGCAGCAGCAGCUCCUCAACAAGAUUCAGGCCAUGAUGCACCGCAUGGGCAGUCUUCGACAGCCAAGGCGGACAUGGAAAUCGAUGGUUGAUUUGUAGGUUCCAGAGUGGUAAGAAAGGGAAUCCCCCUCUAAUCAUUAUGUAUACUGUGGUCAGAAUGUGCGCUAUAUAUUGUAACAUCAAAGAAAGCACCUCCAGGCCUGAGGGUGUUACUGCUAAUGCGUUUGGUUUACUUGUUGUCCUUGUAAUAUGCAUACACAUUUAGAACUCAUGCAGCCAUUUUGUGUGCUCGAACCGGUGGAUCGCUGCCCUGUUGUCUUGUACUGUGUUUAGGGCCUGUUUGGAUACGAAUGGUUAAUUA